UAUUAAAAUUGGGUCUACAAGGUAGCGUCAUUGUUUUUGGUGGUGAAAUAAUUAAGAUGUCGAACGGUGGAAAGGUGUCGUUCAAAGUUACUCUCACUUCCGAUCCAAAGCUACCCUUCAAAGUGUUCAGCGUUCCCGAAGCUGCACCUUUCACCGCCGUUCUCAAAUUUGCAGCUGAAGAAUUCAAGGUUCCUCCACAAACCAGCGCUAUUAUCACCAAUGAUGGUGUUGGGAUAAAUCCUCAGCAGAGUGCAGGAAAUGUCUUCCUUAAGCAUGGUUCAGAACUUCGUCUGAUUCCGCGUGAUAGAGUUGGUGCAUCUGAGAUGUUACUGGAAGUCUGAGUUAACCACUUUAUCUAUCUAUAUAGACUGUUGUAGUUGAAUAAACACCAGUGCUGUAUUGAUAUCCCUGUAAUUGAUAUUAAUGGUGUAUUUUCACUGACAAAGUUUAGUUAAUAAUGAAUAGCAUGGCGAGUAUGUUUGUAAUGGAGGAUUGUGCAAGAUUAUUCAGCAAGUGACUUUGUAAUGGAAAUAGGCGAAAAUAUAUCAUCUAGCUAUUCUCAAAGAUUCU